GGCCUAGCAAAAGCAAGCAAGCGCCGCGCGCGAGCUAGACAACAGUGCUAUGCAAAUCGUCUAGGCUGUCGACGCGAGAACUCACGCCACACACGAGCGAUGCGCCGCCUCCUCCUCCUUUUGUGCACGGCCGUGGCCACGGCCUGGGCCCUACCCGGCACGCCCUCGCACCGCAGACCGCUCGCGCCGCGCGCCGCCGCCGCGCCGCGAGUGAAACGCGUCGCCCCCGCGCGCCAAUCCCCGAAACUGCGCGCCGUCGCGGCCGGCGGCGGGCCCGCGUGGGCCGGCGGCGUGCCCGGCUCGGUGGUGGCGGUCAUCGCCGCCGCCUUCCUGAACCUGCUGGGCUUCACGAUGACGGGCCCGAUCACCCCCGACCUCGCGAAGCACUUCGGGUUGCCGGUCGGCGGCAGCGCGCGCGUCGGCAUGCUCACGAGCGCCUACCCCUUCGGCAUGCUCGCGGGGUUGGCGGUCUGGCCCCGCCUGUCCGACAAGCGGGGCAUGCGCAAGCCGAUCCUGGUCCUGAGCCUGGGCGGCGUCGGCCUCGGGCUGGCGGCGCAGUCCGCGGCCCUCGCGCGGAACGCGCCGCUCUGGACGUUUUUGUCCUUGCGGGCGCUGAGCGGCGCGUGCGGCGGCGCCUCGCCCGUGGCGAAGGCGUACCUGGCCGACGCGGCGACGGACGACCAGCUGCCCCGGUGGCUCGCGUGGCGCGAGGCCGCGUCGACCUUCGCUUUCAUCGUGGGGCCCUUGUUCGGCGGGCUGCUCAUCCACGGCACUUCUUCUUUGGCGUCGGUCGUGGGAGUGACGGCCGCCUUUUCCCUGCUCGCGGCGGGCAUCGUGGGCGUCUUCGUCGAGGAGGUCGGCGCGGACAAGCCCGUCCCGGAACGGAAGACGCCCAAGCUCCUGAGCACGGACUACACGUCGUGUCCUCUCGGUUCUUCCCUGAUCGGCGCGAUCGCGACGAUAUGCGCCAUGUCGGCGCUCGAGAACGCGGGCGCCGCGUGCUGGGACGCCUUCGGGGCGGUGCUCGCGCGGAACCGGUUCGGGCUGGACGCGCGGGGCGUCGGCGUCAUGUUGACGUCGCUGGCGUGCGUCUCCUUCGGCGUCUCGACGACGUUGUUCGAUAGGGUGCGGCGGCGGAUCGGUCUGGUGCGGACGGCGGUCCUGGGUCUGUGCCUCGUGGCGACGGGGCUGGGGAGCGUGGGGCUGGCCAGGAACUCGCUGACGUCCUUCGGGCUCGCGGCGGCGCUCUACCAGCUCGGCAAGCCGCUCUACGCGCCGACGGUGCCGACGUUGCUGCUCCAGUGCGUCCCGCCCGAUAAAAGGGGAUUGGCCAUGGGCAUCGACGCGGCCGUGAACACGGUCGCGCGCUGCGUCGCGCCGCUCGCGCUCGGCGCGUUGUUGCGCGCCAAGGGCGAGGCCGUCGCGUUCGGCGGCGCGUCGGGCCUGGUGCUCGGCGCCGUCGGGCUGGCGCUGCUCCGCGCGCGGAACGUCCAGGUAGCCAAUUAAUAC